AUGUCUAAAUUAUUCAAUGAAAUGAAAUUCUUUAUGCUCCAAGGCCCAGAAAUAGAAGCAACUUCGAAGAUUAUCAUAGCUUAUGGAGGUCAAAUGUCGUCAACUGUAAAUAAAGACUCCAUUGUCCUUGUGACCUGCAGAAAAACCCAUAUAAUUAAGGUUACCAAAGCUCUUGGGUUUAACGUGUUUUCGGCGAGCUUUAUUUAUGAUUCAGUAAAGCAAGCAAGCCGCCAGCAGUUAAGUGACUAUCAAAUUGUGGUUGAAGCGUCAAAAGAUUUUCACUUUAAGGAUUUUAAAUUUUCACAGCAAGAUAUUCAAAAUAUCAAUAAUUAUAUAACUCACAUGGGUAAAUAUUAUUUAUCUUUUAUCGCAGAAUUUUGAUUAAAUACUGAUACUAUUUUAUAUAAAAAAAGAAAUAUAGUUGUUAAUCAUAAAGAAAUGAAUUUGAAUAUAUUUAUAAAAUUGUGUGAAGGGAUUAAGGCUAAACACAGGCAACCCAGAUUCUGAUAGCUAUUGAUUUGUAGCGCUAUAUAAUGGGCUUGAUGUUCCUUAUAGCUCUGAAGUUUUAUAUGAGUACUACUGCUCUAACAUAGCUUUGAAUUUAGAGACAUAUGCGACUAACGACGAAUCAACAAGUUCAGAAAGAAACGAAGAUGCUGACGUUUAUUAUAUUGGCAGAAAAAGACGCUGCUUAUUCCCUAUAUUAGUUAGCGAGCAAAACCAUUAGAAAAUCUCAUUUUUUGGAAGUUAGUGAGCAAAAUAUAUUUAAUAUAAAUUGUUUGGAAAUCUACAUUUUAAUAUACAAUUAAUGAUUUGAUGAAAUCUUCAGCAAAUAUAAUUAAAUUUAGACAGCUCGUCUUUUAAAAACCUAAUUUUAUAUAAAUUGUAUAAUUAGUAUAAAUUUUGGUUUCCAAUCUUUACAAAUUUUUUAAAAUCUGAAAAAAAUUUGUUUUUAUAUUAAUAUAAAAUUUAGAAAAAUUAACCCUCAUUUGAUGGCCAGGUUUUUUUGGUCGCUGAACAAGGAAAGGAGAGUUAGAAGAUUUAUCUCAAAACUCCAUAGCAACCUGCUUACAAAUAUCCAUCUUAAAUCAAAAUCCCACGAAAAAGCAAAAUAUCCAGCCAGCUUUUAACAAUUCUCCAAGGCAUCUCGUUAUAGCAGUCAAUUCCUCUGAAAGAAGUGUAUAUGAUUUAAAAGACAUUGAGAAAAAAUCCAAAGAAAUAAAUAUUACUGAAGAGUUUGAGGAAUUUUACAGCAAAUGCAAGUCAAUAGUCAAUGAAAAUUUAUCUAAAAGUGAAGUGUUAGGCAUUUUAACAAAAUUUAAUGGUGACAUUGAGAAAGCUCUGAAUUAUUAUGUGCUCUAAAUAAUUUUUUUGGUAAUUUAUUUAUAAAUAUUUAAAUAAAAAAUAUUUAUAAAUUUCCUUAUCCAUUAUUAUCAAACAGAUGUUGUAUAA